AUGAAAGCUCGCUUAAGGUUGUGGAAGAGAGAAAACUCUGAAAGUGAACAAGAGCCAUUACUAGCUGCUACAUUUCCAGCACAGACAGUAAGCAAAUCCGGAAGCACCACGCCAUCAAAUCCUGUAAUCACCAGUUCCAUGAAAACCGGGGACAAAUCCGAAGUUACUACAGCUGCAUUGAAAGUCAUUGGAAACGAUGGUCUAGUGCAACAGAAAGCGGCAGAAUUACCCUUGCAUAUAACAACAAGCACUACAGGUACUGCAGAAGCCCUGGAUGAAGUUCUUGAAACGCAAAUUUUUGGGAACAAUUAUAGCGAAGAAUUGGAACUGAAUGCAACAGAUGGCGGUGGAGUGAGCGAACAAAGCACCACACAAAUUUACCUGGUGACCAAGAGGCCUGAAUUUGAUGAUUUGGAACCGGAAGUGCGGACCUCCAGGACGAAGCAGAUUCCUGGACUUGACCGAACAAUGAAAAUAACGGGAAAUGUCGCAGAUACAGUGACCACUGCUGGUCAGUUAGGAUUUCGCACAAUAAGCAGUGCGGUAUCAGCUGAAGCAAAAACGGAGCAGAAAGAAGCAGUUUCUGGAACAGUACGUAGUACACCCACGAUUUUGCGGCAUGGAAAUGACCACGAUCUUGGGAGCAUUGCAGCAGAAAUGGACGAUUUUAUACAAAAAUCCGCGAACGAAAAAAAGGAACAAACACGCAUGGCAAAUCACAGAACAAAAACUCGUCCGGAGGCAGCAGCCGGAUCGACUGGAAACGUGCGAGGAUCGACCACUGAAGAUGAAACUCUUAAAAGCGAGCACCUUUAUCCACAUGUACAUCGUGGCGGCGAUGUGGAGGAAUUGUUCCAGAAAAAGACUGUCACUCCUCCUGUUGCUACGACUACUCCCUUCAUAAACAGCACUACAACGGUUCUGACGGAGAAGCCACGCAACGUAACAAAUCAGUUCACUACGCCCUCAACGCAAUCCUGGAAAAUUGCGGGAGACCAUUUUCAAAGUGAUUUCAAUAAGGGUGAUAACGCCGUUGCUGCAAUAACUGAUCACGGCAAAGAUGAUAAUAGCGAGCAGACGAUUCGCAACACUGAUAACAACCGUGAUGCAAGUGUUAAUUAUAGCGAUGAUAGCAAUGCGGGUGAACGAAGUGCCGAGGAGGAAACAACAAGUCCGGCACUGGAACGAAAAACAAGCACACUACGAGUGGAACGAGGUCAAAUAACCAGCCGAACCCGAAAGUCCGAAAUCCAGCACUGGGAUCAGGAGUCGAUGUGGAAGCGAAAUUUGGUACCAUGGUGGCUUGUUGCUAUUUUUGGUUCGCUGGUUGCAACAUUCGUCGGCAGUAUUGCAUUCAAAAUUAUCAAGACAAGGUUUGUUAAUGUUACAGCAUCCCAAGUAAAAUGA